AUGAAGUCUUCGCCAACCCGGCGGCUCCACUCGGACCAGUGGCCGGAUCGGUUCAAAGAUGGCGAUGAUGCUCAGGUUGAUUACACCGCUCCACCAAGGAAUAUGCGGUCUAAAGAUGGCCACAUGCAGUAUAUGCAGCAGUCGCUGUUUUCUGUCCUCGCCGCGGUUGGCUCCAGAUCGGAUUUUCGCGGUCGAUUCGACGAUUCGAGCGGUAGCGACGGUGAUCUCGAGGACGAUAAAGCAGAGACAAGGUUGAACUUGAAUUCCGGCAAGAAAGCCACUGUGGGCGGCCAUCAGGCGGUCGAUCCAGCGGACUGGAAGCCACCAGGCCAACAUGGGGAGCGUGGGCGGCGGCAUCAAAGAACAAAAUCCGACAAUAAGGCUCUCAGGCGGAAUCCUGCCAUCGAAAACCAGGACACUUCAGACGAUCCAUUAGCGGCUAGUGGUGCGACCCUUAGAAUCCCGACACGGAGAGCACGUAGUGCUACGCCUCGGGCAGCUCCCAUUCUGGCCCGAAUGAUACAAGCGCAGCAAACUUUCGAUUCCGCCAGCGAGUCCAAGCAGCUGCCCUCGGGAUCAGAGCUACCAAACGAUGACUCUCAUGAACCACCCUCCUCAGCUCUUUCUUCGCGACUCAUGGAGAUGUUUGGCUUCGAAAAACCCGAGAAGGUCUUGGUAGAAUACGCCUGCGCCUUGCUGCAAAACAUGCUGCUGCAAGGAUAUAUGUACGUCACUGAGGGACAUAUUUGCUUCUAUGCAUAUCUUCCCAAGAAGUCGUCAAGUGCGAUGAAAUCGGGCUUCUUGUCCAAAUGUGGUCGCAAAAAUCCCAAAUACAAUCGCUACUGGUUCGUCCUGAAGGGCGACGUCUUGACCUAUUACGCGAAUCCGUCAAAUCUCUACUUUCCAAGUGGCCAUAUAGAUCUCAGGUACGGGAUCUCUGCGUCACUUGCAGACAUCAAAGGGCAGAGUUCAGAGCCGACCGAUUUCCACGUCACGACCGAUCAGAGGACAUAUCAUUUACGAGCAGAAAGCGCCACAAGCGCUAAAGAAUGGGUUAAAUCCCUUCAACAGGUUAUUUUUCGAUCUCGAAACGAAGGUGACAGUGUCAAAAUCUCAUUUCCGGUGGAUAGUGUGAUUGAUAUGGAGGAGAGUCCAAUGGCCGAAUUCGCCGAGACCUUUAAAAUUCGCGUUCUCGACAACAAUGAGACUUACGCCAUUGAUGAGUACUUCUUCACUUUCUUCAAUUCCGGUCAGGAAGCUUUCAACUAUCUGAAAAGCUUGGUUGGCUCGUCCCCUAUGAAAAGCUUGUCCGAUGGAUCGCCUCACCGGGGCAACAGCAGACAUUCAUCCCAAGUCGGCGUCUUGGGCAAGGCAACGCCGGCUCCCGAUAGCCCUCAAGGGGCGACACCAAUAGAUCAUCAGCCUUCUCAAGUUUCGUCAUUUGAGCCGCAUAGCGAGCCAAGAGACUCUGUGGAUUCUUUGGAUUUUUCUACAAACCAAGGCACGGAGUCUCUACCUAUAUUUCAAUCACUCACCGAAACCAACGAAUCCGCGAGUCAAAUCCUCAAUCGAAGUGAUGUAUUUCAGUCGCCUACAAUGCAUUCACUGCCAAGGCGCCAGUCAGACACAGGCGACCCAAACCGACGGCGUGGAAUGGCCUGUCAGGAGAGCUCUGGCCUGUCUGGCUUCAAUACGGAUACCGAUGAUUCCCGCGGGAACCAGGGACGAGCAGACAGGGAGACUGGGUCUUCACCGCAGCAUGCACUUGGGAUGCCUUUGGAUAAAACUUCGAAGGCUGUUCCUCAACCUGUUAAGCGCGCGGCCGGGAUAGCUGAAUACCUCAAAAGUCGAUCCAAGCAAAUGAGCAGUUUGCUCGCGACGGAAUCAAUGGGCUAUAUUGAAAAGGUCUCAGGAAUGUGGGCCGGAGGUCAAAAGCACUACGAUGAGACCGAAGAAGUGCUAUCAAAUGAUCCUUCACUUGAUAAAGAGGAUAAGGAGAACGGGUUGAAACACGGAGACAGGUUCCGGGCGCAUUUCGGUCUUCCAUCAACAGAGCACUUGCAGGCCACAUAUUAUGCAUACCUGACACGCGUUCUUCCACUUUACGGCAAGAUCUAUCUCAGUGAGAGGAAAAUUUGCUUUCGCAGUCUGCUCCCUGGGACCCGCACGAAGAUGGUUUUGCCGCUCAAGGACGUUGAGAACGUGGAGAAAGAAAAGGGCUUCCGGUUCGGUUAUCAUGGGCUUGUCGUCAUUGUCCGCGGACAUGAAGAGUUAUUUUUUGAGUUCAACACCACCGAUGCGCGAGAUGAUUGUGCUGUCACAUUGCACAAAAACCUGGAGUCUGCCAGGUACCUUGCGGAGUCGGGCAUCCUUGCCGAAAAAGAGCGCAAUUUGACAGAGGCUGCGAAAGCAGAGCAUCGCAGGUUGCAGGAAGCUAGGCUUGAAAAUCCAGACGAGGAAGACACUGAAACAGCACGGAAUGAAUCCGAAUCCGAAGUUUCACCAUUUUUCGACGAUCCCCUCGCUUCAAUCAUCAACUUCAAGCCCACUGAAUCUUUGAGGAUCACAUGCCUCACCAUUGGCUCGCGGGGCGAUGUGCAGCCAUACAUUGCUUUGUGUAAGGGGCUCCUCGCCGAAGGUCACAAACCAAAGAUUGCCACCCAUGCUGAGUUUGAGCCCUGGAUUCGCAGUCAUGGUAUUGAUUUUGCUCUCGUCGACGGUGACCCUGCUGAACUCAUGCGCAUCUGUGUUGAAAAUGGCAUGUUUACCUACUCUUUCUUGCGUGAGGCGACAUCCAAAUUUCGAGGAUGGAUUGAUGAUCUGCUGUCUUCGUCAUGGGCGAGUUGUCAAGGUAGCGACGUGCUCAUUGAGUCACCAAGUGCCAUGGCUGGUAUCCAUAUCGCCGAAGCUCUGCGGAUUCCAUACUUUCGGGGUUUUACGAUGCCAUGGUCCCGGACCCGCGCAUAUCCGCAUGCAUUUGCCGUGCCCGAGACUCGGAUGGGAGGUGCCUACAACUACAUUACUUAUGUGAUGUUUGACACCAUUUUCUGGAAAGCGAUUGCGGGGCAGGUGAACCGCUGGCGGAACAAUGAACUCGGCCUCAAGGCGACGACCCUCGACAAGAUGCAGCAAAACAAGGUCCCUUUCCUUUACAACUACUCGCCCUCUGUGGUGCCACCGCCUCUUGAUUAUCCCGAUUGGAUUCGCAUCACAGGCUACUGGUUCUUGAAUGAAGGGUCCGAUUGGACUCCGCCCACCGAGCUAUCGGCAUUUAUUGAACGUGCCCGGACGGACGGCAAGAAGCUGGUCUAUAUCGGAUUUGGAUCCAUUGUCGUGUCAGACCCGGCAGCCUUGACCCGAACGGUGAUCGAAUCUGUUCAGAAAGCGGAUGUGCGCUGCAUUCUAUCCAAGGGAUGGUCAGAUCGUCUCGGUGACCCUUCUAGUCAGAAGGUCGAGAUUCCUCUUCCGUCUGAUAUUUAUCAGAUUCACUCUGCGCCUCACGACUGGCUCUUCUCCCAGAUCGAUGCUGCUGCUCAUCACGGAGGAGCCGGCACGACGGGAGCCAGCCUUCGCGCCGGUAUUCCCACGAUCAUCAAACCCUUCUUUGGCGAUCAGUUCUUCUUUGGUUCGCGCGUGGAGGAUCUGGGAGUAGGGAUCUGCAUGAAGAAGCUCAACGUCAGUGUCUUUGCGCGGGCGCUCUGGGAAGCUACGCAUAGCGAGCGGAUGAUUAUCAAGGCUCGUGAUCUCGGUGUACAAAUUCGUAAUGAAAACGGCGUUGCCACGGCGAUUCAAUCACUCUAUCGAGACAUGGAGUACGCCAAGACUCUUGCGCGUCAACGCUCAAUUGCUUCAUCGACGCCUUUCUCGCCUACACCCUCUGCACAGGCUUCGCCCGAUCACGCCGAUGCCGACGUGGACGACAUUGAGGAAUGGACUUUUGUUGGGGAUGAGGCUGAGAUGGAAAUGACCAAGCGGAUGCGGGAGCUCAACCUGACAGAUCGUGAGAAAACGUUGUCUGAGAUUAUUCACUAA